UUGAUUACCGACAAUGUUGUUCAAUAUGUAUCUGCCUCGUGUUGGCGCCAACCACUCAAUACCCUUUUUCUCUAUCAAAAUCCAAUUCCCAAAAUCCCCAAUUCACGAAUACCCAUUAAAAUCUCCUUCGUCUUCUUCAGCUUGAAAACAUGCCCUUCAUCGAGGUUAAUACCAGCUCCACCGCUGCGGAGGACGUCAAAAUCAACUCAGCAAUCAAAAUUUUCUACAGAACUUUCGGACGCGGCUCCACCAAGGUCCUCCUUAUCAUAGGAUUGGCCGGAACCCACGAUUCAUGGGGCCCCCAAAUCAAAGGGCUCACGGGGACCGAUAUUUCCAAUGACGACGACGAUCGGAAUGCUUCCCAUGUCAGCGCAGAACCCACCUUCCAGGAUGGUGGUGGGAUUGAGGUUUGUGCAUUUGAUAAUCGGGGAAUGGGUAGGAGCUCCGUCCCCACCAAAAAAUCUGAAUAUACAACAAAUAUAAUGGCCAAGGAUGCCAUUGCCUUAUUGGAUCAUUUGGGGUGGGAAAAGGCUCAUAUUUUUGGUCAUUCCAUGGGAGGUAUGAUAGCUUGCAAAUUAGCAGCUAUGGCGCCUGAAAGAGUCAAGUCACUGGCCAUGCUUAAUGUAACUGGUGGAGGUUUUCAAUGUUGCCCCAAGCUUGAUAGGCAAACGUUUGAUAUUGCAGUCAGAUUCAUGAAGGCGAAGACUCCUGAACAAAGGGCCAGUGUUGAUUUAGAUACCCACUAUUCAAAGGAAUAUCUUGAAGAGUAUGUUGGAUUUGAAAAAAGAAGAACAUUAUUAUAUCGGGAAUAUGUUGAAGGUAUAUCAGCAACGGGAAUGCAAUCUAAUGAUGGUUUUGCGGGUCAAGUCAAUGCAUGCUGGACGCAUAAAGUGACAAGAAAAGACAUUGAAUGCCUUCAGUCUGCUGGAUUUCUGGUAUCAGUCAUUCAUGGCAGGCACGAUGUUAUUGCUCAGAUGUACUAUGCUAGAAGACUUGCCGAAAAGCUGUAUCCUGUUGCUAGAAUGGUAGAUCUCCAUGGAGGUCAUCUAGUCAGUCGAGAGAGAACCGAAGAGGUAAAUCAAGCUCUUCUUGACUUAAUCAGAGCCUCAGAAACAAAGAUGAGUCCACAUGAUUGGACAAACUUGCCAAAGAAAAGCUCAUGUAAGCGUUUUUCUCUCAAUACUCCUCUGUUUCUCUUUGGUUCUUUGGAAAUGCUGAAAAAUACUUUCUUCCUAACAGGGUGGAUGGAGGAGAGAAUGGCUUUUGUAACAAUGAAGACUGAAGGAGGAAGCAGUAUCUCCUCCCAACCUUUCUUGUUAGAGAAACUCCAUCUUUUCUUCUUGUAUUUCUUUGGUCUGAUUCUUUUGGUUUUCGGGUAUCUCCGAAACACCAUCAAAAGUUUGAAACCAACCCGAGUUGGAGCCUCCCUUACAUGAACAAACAUUCCAAAGACCCCAAAUUUUUACAGGUGAGUUAUCUGAAUAUCCUCUACUUUCAUUGAACUCAAACUAAAAGAGAGAAGUUUAAAAGUUGGUUUUUGCUUCAACUUUGUUGCAGAGUCUUUCAAUUUUGCUAUGUGAUGAGUAAUGGUCCAAUCGUCAAAGUGAAGUUGGGGAAUGAGUUCUCUUCUAAUGUUGAGAACUUCUAAGUUCAACAAAAGAGAGGGAAAUCAGCGUAAGGCCAAUUGUUAAAAGCUGAUACUUCCCUAUUGAGUAAAUUGUAAUAUAACACAUUGGAACUGUUAAUUAUAUAUACCCUUUCUUUAUAAUCUAUAUAAAAGAUGUUUAUAUUAUGUACUUAA